AUGGCGCAGGUGGGCACCAGGCGGCGCUGUUUGGGUUACAAACUCCUCAGCGUUAACCUCCAAUCUCCACACUGCCUCCACACUCCCAGAAGCUCUUCCACGUCGCACUGGGGAGAAGCUAUGAACGGUGACACGACAGCUUGGACGGACCCUCGCUCCUCUCCCGGGACCCCUGACCCCCCCAGUUACUAUGACGCUGUGUGCCCCCUGCAGGCCGAGGCUGGGGCGGAGGGCCUGAGCCCCGGGGCAGCGUACGAAGCGCCUUAUUACCAGAUGAGCGAGAGCGGCCUGGCCGCCCCCUACAGGCGGAGAGGGGGACUGGUCGAUCACCGAGACGUCAUCAAGGCCCACGAAGCUCACAAGAUGCAGAGCACCCCUCAGGCCAAGCGCAAGGAGUGGGAGGAGUUUGCGAAGGAGCGCGAGAGAGUGGAGAACAGACGCGCGUUCCUCAAACUGCGGCGGCAACAACAGAUCGAGCGCGAACUCAACGGCUAUCUGGAGUGGAUCUGUAAAGCAGAGGAGGUCAUCCUGGCCGAGGAUGGCUCUGAUACGGAGGAGAAGUCCCCUUUCGAUGUUAUGCGCAGAGGAACCAUCAAGAAAAGCAAAACCGACUUACUGAAUCCGGAGGAAGGGGAAGAUCACCUCGCCGACAUCUCCUCUGUGGGCUCCCCGUUCACCCGAGCCAGUAUUAAGAGCGCGAAGCUCGAGGGUUCAUCGUUUUUCCGUAAGAAGGAGCGACGUUUCCGCUUCCACAUCCGCCGUAUGGUGAAGACUCAGGCCUUUUACUGGAUGGUUCUGGGUCUGGUCGGCCUCAACACCCUCUGUGUAGCCAUCGUUCACAACCAGCAGCCGGACUGGCUCUCCGACUUCCUCUACUAUGCAGAAUUCAUUUUCCUGGGACUCUUUAUGUCCGAAAUGUUAAUUAAGAUAUACGGCCUUGGAACGAGACCUUAUUUUCAUUCUUCCUUCAAUUGUUUUGAUUGUGCGGUCAUUGUGGGCAGUAUAUUUGAGGUGAUCUGGGCAGCCGUGAAGCCGGGAACCUCGUUUGGAAUCAGUGUGUUACGUGCCCUCAGGUUACUGCGGAUAUUCAAGGUCACCAAAUACUGGGCGUCCCUGCGGAACCUGGUGGUGUCUCUCCUCAGCUCCAUGAAAUCCAUCAUCAGUUUGUUGUUCCUUCUCUUCCUCUUCAUCGUGGUCUUCGCCCUGUUGGGGAUGCAGCUCUUUGGGGGCCAAUUCAACUUCGAGACCGGGACCCCCUCCACCAACUUUGACACGUUCCCCGCAGCCAUAAUGACCGUCUUUCAGGUGCUGACCGGUGAGGACUGGAACGUGGUGAUGUACGAUGGCAUCAAGUCUCAGGGCGGAGUCAACAAAGGAAUGAUCUCCUCGGUCUACUUCAUCGUCCUCACACUCUUCGGCAACUACACUCUACUCAACGUCUUUCUGGCCAUCGCUGUGGACAAUUUGGCCAAUGCCCAGGAGCUCACCAAGGACGAGCAGGAGGAGGAGGAGGCGGCCAAUCAGAAGUUGGCGCUGCAGAAAGCCAAAGAGGUGGCGGACGUCAGUCCCCUGUCAGCCACCAACCUCUCCAUCGCCGCGAAAGAGCAACAGCGGAACCAGAAGCACGGGAAGACCGUGUGGGAGCAGAGGAUGAACGAGAUGCGGAAGCAGAACCUGAUCACCAGCCGGGAGGUGCUGUACAAUGAACUGGACCCCGACGAGCGUUGGAAGAUGACCUACUCCAUGAACCUCCGCAAGGACAUGAAGACCCACCUGGACCGUCCGCUGGUGGUCAACCCUCAGGAAAACCGCAACAACAACACCAACAAGACCCGCCCGGCAGAACCCUCCGGGGUCGACCAGCGAAGCAGCCAACACAAGGCCGAGGACUUCCUCAGGAAGCAGAGCCGCUACCACGAACACCCGGGAGACCCCGGAAAAGGACCGCACCCUGGACCGGGAGUCGGGGGAACAGGGGGAUCGGCCCCGGAGAUACAGGAGCAACAGCAAGGAGGGGAGGGGGAUUAUCGGGCCAGGGAGGCGGACGGACCCCACGAGAGGCCAGGGAGGGAAGGGGAGGGGGAGAGGAACCGGCCCAACGACUCUCACCGCCGGCACCAACACCAGCACCGGCCGAGCGGGGGCAAGGAGGGCCGGAGCUCCUCCCCCCGGCCCGAGGGGGAGCGGGAGCGCAGGCACAGGCCUCACCGCAGGGUGGCCGAGGGGCACGAGGGGAGCGGGCUGGAGGAGGGCGGGGGCAAGGGGGAGAAGAGGGCCAAGCACCGGGACGGUGGGGGCCGCGGGGGGAAGGAUGGGGAGAACCAGGACGGGGCGGACAAGAGGCGGCGAGGGAGACACGCGCAGUCCACGUACGAGAACGACGGCAAGAAGGAGCGCGAGGAACGGGAUCCGGCCUCGAAGGAGCGGAGGCACAAGCGGAAGAAGGAGGGGCAGGGAGGUGGGGGCCCCACGUCGGGGCCCAUCUUGUCCACUACGCGACCUGUGCAACAGGACGUGAGCAGACAGAACGGACAACACACCGAGGACAUCGACAACCUGCGGAACAGCAAACUGGCCACCCACACCCAGCCGGCCAACCCCAGGAGCCCCAACCCUAACCCCACCAUCCCCCCCCACCCCUCCAACCCCCACCCCAACCCCGGCAAAACCGGCAAUCACGUCAACCCCAACCCCGGGAACCCGCACAACACGGCCAAUCGCAAGGCCCCCGUCAGUGCCCCCGCCAACCCGCCCAACCCCAGCCACAGCACCAAGAACCCGGAGGAGAACCUCAUCCACACCAACCCCUCAAACCCCAAUAACCCGGGCAAACCGGCCAAGAAGCCCGAGCACACCGUGGUUGAUGUGCCGUUCGCCGAUCCCACCCUCCAAGUAAAUAAAAACGCAAACACGGACACUUUGCCAAAGAAGCAAGAGGAGAAGAAGGAACCGGAAGAAGACGAGGAGGAGGAGGAGGGAGAUGGUCCCAAACCCAUGCCCCCCUACAGCUCCAUGUUCAUUCUGAGCACCACAAACCCGCUGCGUCGUCUCUGUCACUACAUCGUGAAUCUCCGUUACUUCGAGAUGUGCAUCCUCAUGGUGAUAGCGAUGAGCAGCAUUGCCCUGGCUGCGGAGGACCCAGUGGAGCCCAACGCCAUGCGCAACAACGUGCUCAGGUAUUUUGACUACGUUUUCACGGGAGUUUUCACCUUCGAAAUGGUGAUUAAGAUGAUUGACCUGGGCCUCAUCCUGCACCAAGGAGCCUACUUCCGAGACCUGUGGAACAUUCUAGAUUUCAUCGUGGUCAGCGGCGCUUUGGUGGCCUUCGCUUUCACCGGCAGCAAAGGGAAGGACCUGAACACCAUCAAGUCUCUCCGAGUUCUCCGCGUCCUCCGGCCUCUGAAAACCAUCAAGCGAUUGCCCAAACUCAAGGCCGUCUUUGACUGUGUAGUCAACUCCCUGAAGAACGUCCUCAACAUCCUCAUCGUUUACAUGCUCUUCAUGUUCAUCUUCGCUGUUGUGGCCGUGCAGCUCUUCAAAGGAAGGUUCUUCUACUGCACUGACGAGUCCAAGGAGUUUGAGAGGGAUUGCAGGGGACAAUACCUGGUGUACGUGAAGGAGAACGAGAUCAAAGCCCAGAAACGCGAGUGGAAACGAUACGAGUUUCACUACGAUAACGUCCUCUGGGCAUUACUGACCCUCUUCACUGUCUCCACCGGCGAGGGCUGGCCAGAUGUGCUGAAACACUCCGUUGACGCCACGUAUGAGAACCAGGGUCCGAGCCCCGGGUACAGGAUGGAGAUGUCCAUCUUCUACGUGGUCUACUUUGUGGUCUUCCCUUUUUUCUUCGUCAAUAUCUUUGUGGCCUUGAUCAUCAUCACCUUCCAGGAACAAGGGGACAAGGUGAUGGAGGAUUACAGCCUGGAGAAAAAUGAGAGAGCCUGCAUAGACUUUGCGAUCAGUGCCAAGCCCCUGACCCGCCACAUGCCCCAGAACAAGCAAACCUUCCAGUACAAGAUGUGGCAGUUUGUGGUCUCUCCCCCCUUCGAGUACACCAUCAUGGCCAUGAUAGCUCUCAACACUGUGGUCCUCAUGAUGAAGUUUUCAGAUCAGCCGGAGUCGUAUGACAAUGUCCUAAAGUACCUCAACAUUGUCUUCACCAUCCUCUUCUCCUUCGAAUGUAUUCUGAAGAUCAUCGCCUUCGGAGCUCUGAAUUAUUUUCAAGAUGCCUGGAAUGUAUUUGACUUUGUCACGGUGCUGGGUAGCGUCACUGAUAUCCUAGUGACCGAGUUUUGGAAAAACAUCAUUAACUUGAGUUUCCUGCGUCUCUUCCGAGCCGCUCGCCUCAUUAAGCUCCUCCGUCAGGGCUACACCAUCCGCAUCCUCCUGUGGACGUUCGUCCAGUCUUUCAAGGCUCUCCCCUACGUGUGUCUCCUCAUCGCGAUGCUGUUCUUCAUCUACGCCAUCAUAGGCAUGCAGGUCUUUGGGAACAUUGCGGUGGAUGACGAGGAGGAGAGCGACAUCAACCAUCACAACAAUUUCCGCACUUUCUUGCAGGCUUUGAUGCUGCUCUUCCGGAGUGCCACAGGAGAAGCCUGGCACAACAUCAUGCUGGCGUGUCUGGCCGGCAAAAAGUGUGACCCGCGCUCUGGCAUCCCGGGCUACGAAUGUGGCAACGAGUUUGCCUAUUUCUACUUUGUUUCCUUCAUUUUCCUCUGCUCCUUUCUGAUGCUGAAUCUCUUUGUGGCCGUCAUCAUGGAUAACUUUGAGUAUCUGACCCGUGACUCCUCUAUAUUGGGGCCACAUCACCUGGACGAGUAUGUCAGGGUGUGGGCAGAGUACGAUCCGGCCGCCUGUGGACGGAUCAGUUACACAGAUAUGUAUGAGAUGUUAAGGCACAUGUCACCUCCCUUAGGCCUUGGGAAGAAGUGUCCGUCGAGAGUGGCUUACAAGAGGCUCCUACGGAUGGAUUUACCCGUUGCCGACGACAACUCGGUUCACUUUAAUUCCACCCUCAUGGCGCUCAUCAGGACUGCGCUGGAUAUCAAGAUUGCCAAAGGAGGAGCCGACAAACAUCAAAUGGAUAAAGAGUUGAGGAAGGAGAUGAUGUCAAUCUGGCCUCAUCUCUCCCAGAAAACCAUGGACCUGCUCGUCACCCCUCACAAAUCAACGGACUUGACAGUGGGGAAGAUUUACGCAGCCAUGAUGAUCAUGGAGUACUAUCGUCAGAGCAAAGCCAAGAAACUCCAGCAGCUGAGAGAGGAGCAGAAUCGGACGCCGCUGCUAUUUCAACGCAUGGAGCCACCCUCCCCCACCGAGGAGAUGGAGCCGGGGCAGAACCCAUUCCCAGACACCCAGCCUGUCACUGGCAAUGGACCCCCUCAAGAGGAAGUGAUGAAAGAAAGCCAGUCCUGGGUGACGGACCGGGCCCAGAAGAUGUUCCAGCAAACUGGGGCUUGGAGCCCUGAAAGAGGGCGAUCAGAGGACAAGCCUGACCCCCAGGCCAACUCUCAGGCUGUGGAGUUGCAGGAGAUGGGGAGGGACGGCCUGUCAGACAGCGAUCAAUAUCUUCCAAUGGAAGGUCACAGUCGCACUGUAUCCAUGCCAAGGCUGCCCGCCAACAACCAAAGGAGAAAAGUUCGGAAUCGUGGGAAUAACCUCGCUACGAUCGCUGACACCAGCCCCAUAAAGCGCUCGGCCUCCACACUGGGCCACCUGCGGCCCAAGGGCGUCCGACUGGACGAUUACUCGUUGGAGCGAGUGAUCCCCGAGGAGAGCCAGAGGCCCCAUCGCCGCCGAGAGCGGGGUCACCGGACCUCGGAGAGGUCACUGAGCCGCUACACUGACGCUGACACGGGCCUGGGCACAGACCUCAGCACCACCACACAGUCCGGUGACCUCCCGGCGAAGGAGAAGGACCGGGAACGAGGGCGGCCGAAAGAUCGUAAACACCACCACCAUCACCACCACCACCACGUGUCCUCGUCAGACAAGGAACGGUUCUCCCAGGAGAGACACGAGCACGGACGGCCCCGCUCCCGGGAACGCCGGUGGUCCCGCUCCCCCAGCGCCGGGCGGGAGUGUGGCACGCACAGACAGGGCAGUAGUUCGGUGAGUGCCAGUCCGGUGCCCUCCACGUCUGGCACGAGCACCCCGAGACGAGGCCGCAGGCAGCUGCCCCCCACCCCGGCCACCCCCAGGCCCCACAUCACCUAUUCCCCCGUGGUCCGGAAGGCGAUGGGCCCCUCGUCCUCUUCCUCCCAACAACAACAACAACAACAACAUCAGCAGCAACCGCAGCAGCAGCAACAACAACAUCACCACCACCACCACCACCAACCGGGCCGCACCUCAAGCCCCAGCCUCCGCCGGCGCUCUCCUCCGCUCCCGGACAGCCCUAGAGCAGACCAUCACCGCAGCCGGUCGCCAGGCCCCGACCGGACCAGCCAGAGCCGCCGCGAGUCUCCCCGGCUUCACCGCCCGCCCGACAGCCGCUGGUCCACCCCGGGCCCCGGCCCCGGCCCCCACCACCACCACCACCACCACCACCUGUCGGGGGAGGCCGUGUAUUACUGCCCACCCGAGGGCCCCGGACACGACCCGGAGACGCUGACCUUCGAGGCGGCAGUGGCCGCCGGCUCCGGCUCGCGGUCGCCCAGGACUUCCCGCCGAGGGGGGGGCCUCCCCUCGCCCCCCAGCCAGGGACGCCGGGUGCCGAACGGAUAUUACCACGAACUGGGGGCCCUGAAGAGGAGGGGGCCCGAGGGCAGGAAAGGGGCUCACGAGGCCUACAGUGAGACCGACGAGGAUGACUGGUGCUAA